GUCAGGGCUUUUGGCUAACUCAACUGUUAGCAUCUGAGUUUUUAAUUUUGUAGGGACAACGUUAUUUUAAAGGACUGUCUGUGGGGAUAUUUUGCUACAACCGAUAUUUUAGUAUAGGUUUAUUACUAGACUGUAUUUGUUUUCGUAUAUACUCGGUUUACAUGCGUGACUGCGAGCGUCGUCGAUGAAGAGACGCCUGCCGCCGCAUGUAAGGAAUCAAUGAGCGCGUCCGACCAGUAUUUAGUUUUCAGUCAAUUCUAAGAUUUAGGCAAAGUCAUGGCUACCGGGGCUGAUGUCAGGGAUAUCCUUGAGCUGACCGGUGGAGAAAAUGACGGCCCCAUCAGUAAGAAAGACCUCAUCAACUCGGAUAAGAAAAAAACCAAGAAGUCCACAGAAACGCUGACUUUUAAGAGACCCGAGGGGAUGCACAGAGAGGUCUACGCUCUGCUGUAUUCAGAUAAGAAAGAUGCACCUCCUCUGCUACCAAGUGAUACUACUCAAGGCUACAGAACAGUCAAAGCCAAGCUUGGCUGUAAGAAGGUUCGUCCCUGGAAGUGGAUGCCCUUCACAAAUCCAGCUCGACGCGAUGGGGCCAUAUUCCACCAUUGGAGACGUGUGGCAGAGGAGGGAAAGGACUACCCUUUUGCUCGUUUCAAUAAGACAGUGCAAGUACCAGUGUACUCGGAGCAAGAGUACCAAAUGCAUCUACAUGAUGAUGGCUGGACUAAAGCAGAGACAGACCACCUGUUUGACCUAUGUAAACGCUUCGACCUACGCUUCAUAGUUGUUCACGACCGUUAUGACCACCAGCAAUACAGAAAACGGUCUGUUGAAGACUUGAAGGAGCGGUAUUAUAGUAUUUGUGGUAAACUGACCAAGGUCCGGGCUCCAUCAGGGACAGAGCCAAAAAUCUACAUUUUUGAUGCUGGUCAUGAAAGACGCCGUAAAGAUCAGUUGGAGAAACUCUUCAAUCGCACACCUGAACAAGUGGCAGAAGAGGAGUAUCUUAUCCAAGAGCUGAGAAAGAUUGAGACCAGGAAAAAAGAGCGAGAAAAGAAAGCUCAGGAUCUGCAGAAACUCAUUAAAGCAGCUGACACAACUACAGAGCUGAGACGAGCCGAGAAGAGAGUUUCCAAGAAAAAACUUCCACAAAAAAGAGAAACGGAGAAACCAGCUGUUCCAGAGACAGCGGGUAUCAAGUUUCCUGACUUCAAAUCAGCGGGAGUCACACUACGCAGUCAGAGGAUGAAACUGCCAAGCUCCGUAGGCCAGAAGAAGAUCAAAGCCAUUGAACAGAUCCUGGUAGAUCAAGGAGUGGAUCUUAACCCCAUGCCCACCGAGGAGAUUGUUCAGAUGUUCAACGAGCUUCGUAGUGAUCUCGUGCUUCUAUAUGAACUGAAGCAGGCUCACAGCAACUGUGAGUAUGAACAACAGAUGCUGCGUCACCGAUAUGAAGCCCUCCUGAAGGCCGGCGGUGGAGCCAUGUGCGUUGGAACUGUUGGAGCUGGACCAGUCACUGUAGCGCAGAGUGGGGAACUGAACUCCACAAACAGCACUCUGGUGUCCACCCUGGGGGUUGAAGCUCAGUCCUGGCCCAGCACAGAUGACAUCAAGGUGGAAGCGAAAGAGCAGAUCAUUGAUGUUGUAGGAGCACCACUUACCCCCAACUCACGCAAACGUAGAGAAUCGGCGUCCAGCCCAUCUUCAGUGAAAAAGGUGAAGAAGCCUUGAUGAGAGAGGCAGCUGCCACAGACAGAGGACAAAGAUUGUGUUACUCAUUGUGAGAUUUACAG